UCCCUCUAAUUAUUUCUUCCAUUUUCAUCCUUCAAAAGCCCUCAAAAACUAACAAAAAACACUCAUAUAAUCCCUCAGAUCAAGCCCUAACCACUAAUUUACUCUCUAAUUUCUCAUGUUUUAGGUUAAAAAGUGAAGGUUAAGUGUGUUGGUAGCUAGCUAUGGCGACCAGUGCUCCUCCGACCUCUUGCUCGGCGUCUCCGACGGCGAAGAAAUGCUUCAAUUCGGAGUGUUCGGAGUUCAGAAUCAGAAAAGGCUGGCGGUUGCGCUCCGGUGACUUCGCUGACCUUUGUGAUCGAUGCGCUUCUACUUUUGAGGAGGGGAGAUUCUGUGAUACGUUUCACCUGAAUGCCACAGGUUGGAGGUCUUGUGAAUCUUGUGGGAAGCGAGUUCAUUGUGGAUGUAUUGUUUCAAUUCAUGCAUUUAUGCUAUUGGAUGCUGGAGGGAUCGAGUGCAUCGGUUGUGCUAGGAAAAGUUUUGUGCCACCAAGUACUCCAUGGCCACCUCCUUUAUAUUAUAAUACUCCUUUGUCGGAGAGAUUUAAAGACCUUCAUGUCAAAAAUUGGACUCAAUUAGCUGGAUCAGGUCCCGUGCCAUGGAGGCAAGCACCCAGUUUGUUUAAUUCCUCUGUUUCUCACUGUGAGAUGCAUCCAAGAACAUUAUAUGAAAUGGACAGGCUUGCUGCUGGUGAGAGAUCAUAUCCCCCUUCUCUGGAGAAAGGGAGAUUGGAUGACUUCUCGGAAAGAUUCAUAAAUGGGAGCCUAAAGCCCGGAAGUCGUGAUAUACAUGAGAAGGGGAAUGCAGGAGCCAACGUUGAGGAGAAAGCUGGUUCAUGCUUAAGUGUAUCGCACCAGCCUUCUUCUUUAAGGGAGGAUCCAUCUAAUCCUCAAAGAACGGCUAUGUCUUUUGCAUCUCUGAGUGAACCAAAUAAUGGGGUAUCAGGAACUCCUAUAAGGCAACCCGCGCCACCUUCAGUUUCAAAGCCAUUUCAUGGUAGUUUGCAUAAUGGAGUUGACUCACCGUCUGAGACUCAUAUUCGUAAUGGAAGGCCUCGAGCAGAUGCCCGUGCUAGAAGCCAAUUGCUUCCCCGUUAUUGGCCGAGGUUUACUGACGAAGAGUUGCAACAGAUCUCUGGAAAUUCAAAUUCCGUAAUCACCCCUCUGUUCGAGAAAAUGUUGAGUGCUAGUGAUGCUGGGCGAAUUGGGCGCUUAGUGCUGCCAAAAAAAUGUGCCGAGGCUUAUUUUCCGCCAAUUUCAAAUCCUGAAGGAUUACCGCUUAAGGUCCAGGAUUCUAAAGGCAGAGAAUGGAUAUUUCAGUUUCGCUUCUGGCCAAACAAUAAUAGCAGAAUGUAUGUUCUGGAGGGGGUAACCCCAUGCAUACAGAAUAUGCGGUUGCAAGCAGGCGAUAUAGUAACAUUUAGUCGAUUGGAGCCAGAAGGAAAGUUGGUUAUGGGAUUUAGAAAGACAUCAAAUCUUCCAUCAUCGGAUCAGGACAAUGAUACAUGCAAGACUGGUAAUGGUGUUUCUACCAAUGGAGAUGCUGAAUUGGCUGAUUCCACUUCUUGGUCUAAGGCUGAUAAGUCAGGAUGCACAGCGAAAGAGGUUCUGGAAGCGAAAUCUUCAACUAAAAAAAGGAAGAGCAGCACAUUAGGCUCAAAGAGUAAGCGAUUGAGAAUUGAAAAUGAAGACAUGUUAGAACUGAAGCUGACAUGGGAAGAAGCACAAGGGCUCUUGCGACCCCCUCCUGACCAUGUUCCUAGUGUUGUGGUGAUUGAAGGAUUUGAGUUUGAGGAAUACGAGGACGCACCAAUAAUUGGGAAGCCGACAAUUUUUGCUACUGAUAAUUCAGGUGAAAAGGUUCAAUGGGUGCGGUGUGAGUAUUGUUUUAAAUGGCGCAAAUUGCCUGCCAAUGCUGAUCUUCCUUUCAAAUGGACAUGUGCUGGAAACUCUUGGGAUCCAGACAGAUCAUUAUGCUCAGCAGGUCAAGAAUUGACAACAGAACAGCUUGCAGAUCUGCUACCAUCUUGCAAUUUAGCUGGUUCGAAGAAAAUGAAGGCUGUUAAACAGGAGACCGAGAAUGUCGAAGUGUUAGAGGGGCUGGACGCUCUUGCAAACCUUGCUAUUUUGGGAGAGAAUGAGGCGUUCCCAACCUCAUCACAGGCCACCACAAAGCACCCGCGACAUAGACCUGGCUGCUCGUGCAUUGUAUGCAUUCAGCCUCCUAGUGGGAAGGGUCCCAAACACAAGCAGACGUGCACGUGUAAUGUCUGCCAAACAGUAAAGCGCCGUUUCAAGACCUUAAUGAUGAAACGUGAGAAGAAGCAAUCGGAGAAAGAUGCAGAAACCACAAAGAAAAAGCCGCAGCAAUCUCUGCAUGAAAAACUGCCGGAUGAUGAGGCCUCGCCAUCAGGUAACAGUAGCAGCCCGAACAAGAAGUUAGUCGGUGAAGGAUCAGAUGAUGAUCCGAACAGAAUCAAAUCUUCGACGUCGCCAUUCAAAGGUCAAAUCGACCUUAAUAUACAGCCAGAGCGAGAAGAUGAGUUGUCUCCUGGUUCCGAUUCCGGAAGCACGAUGAAAAUGAUCCAGGAUGCCACAGAGAGGUAUCUCAGGCAGCAGAGAUUUCUGAGCUCCGACGGUGACAAUAUUUCAGCAGGUAAACAAACACUGGAAAGUCCGUCAGUGGUUGAUAGAAUUGAUACUAUUAAUGCACAUCAAGAUUCUGACAAAGAUCGCCCGAUAACAUUAUCCACAAAUGUUUCUCCGUCCUCUCCAGCAGCAGGGUAGAUGAUGCUUCUUUUCCGCAACAUACAUAUUACUGACUAUCCAACUUCUGUAGCUGGAUUCGAGGACAGUCUGUAAAUUUUCACAGCGGCGGGUGCGUCUUGGUCUGUAUAUAAAAUAGAAAUAGGAAGCAGGCCAGAAUAAUUUUGGUGAUUCAUAUAGUAUAAUGUGUAAAUUAGAUGGGUGCUGACUAGUUUUAGAGUUGAGAUCCUGAAUGUGGCAACUUAUUAAACUGGGUGGUUGGUUGAAGCUAUGUAUUUCAUUCUUAAGAGCUCACCACUACUCUCAUUCAGGAUCAAGGACAAUGUAACUGUGCCACUCUUUUUUUUUACUUGCUAAAAUGAGAGAUGUUUUCAUGUAAA